ACAUUUCGUAGAGCCGUCAAACGUGUUGGUGUCGUCAACGUACUACAAAACUACAAAAUUCCAAUACAUAUAUUACGCUCAUUGAUAUAAAAAUCUUUAAUGAAAUUGUUAUAAAUUAAGUUGAAGUACUUCUAUGAAAUAAAAGACGAUUAUAUUCGGGAAGUGUCAAGUUAUAGACAAGACAAAGCAAGGAAUUAAGAAAAUAGGUAAUUAUGUCGCGCCAAGUGGACUUAAAUAUAAAUAAAUUACUUGAUGGCUUGGGUUUAGACGGCGAUGACAAUACCAUAUGCGACUUUACUAUUGCUGACCAAAAUUGCGUUGCCGAGUCUCAAGGUAUUACACCUACCACUCCUUCUAAUUUCAAACCGGUACUGGGCAGCAACGUCACUUACGUUGUAGCUUGUGUGAUCAUAAACAAAUCAAAUGAAGUGCUGAUGAUGCAAGAAGCAAAAGAGAGUUGUGCAGGCAAGUGGUAUCUACCAGCAGGACGAAUGGAAAAAGGAGAAACUAUUGAGCAGGCUGCAGCCAGAGAGGUGCUCGAAGAAACAGGACUUAUAUGUACUCCAACUACAUUAUUAGUGGUUGAGACUGCUGGUGGAAUGUGGUACAGAUUUGUUUUAACAGGUGAAGUCAUAGGUGGUGAAUUAAAAACACCUGCUAGAGCAGACAAGGAAUCGCUGCAAGCUAAGUGGAUCUCUAAUCUUCAGGAAAUCUCUUUAAGAUCUAAUGAUAUUUUACAUCUCAUUGAAAAAGCACAGGCAUAUAAUAAUAGGAGUCCUGAUAGUCAUUGGCAUAAAGAAAUCUUGCCUGCACCCAUUCAUCAUGUCAAAGAUUUAUUGAGGUUGAUUGUGGUAAUAAAAAAGAGGAGCACUAAUAAGUUGCAUGUACUUUUGAGUGAGAAAACUGCAAUACAUUUUCCAACAUGUGAAAUAAAUCCAGGUAAAAGCAUUCAUUCAACAUUGAGGAGGUUUAUGGUUGAAAUGUUUGGGGCUGAUGUGGGCCAGCACAGGCCCCUUGGGUUAUUGAACAUAGAACAUGACCCUGUAGCUGAUGGCUGUUGCCUUACUCUACUUGUUGCAUUCAGGGCACCACUUGAAGAGGUGCCCCUCAUAGGCAAAUGUGUCUGGCAAGAGGUCUCUCCUGGUGAUGAAAGUAGAUUGCUCUCCAUUAUUACUACAAAAAAUUCUUUGGUAGAGCUUCAUGUUGUUCGUUAACACCAAGACUUUACUAUUUAGUGUUCACAGAUACACUUCUAUUUAUCAAUUUUGAGCUAAUUGGUAAUAGUCACAUGCUUUAUUACAAGAUCAUUUUGUAUAUUGGCCAUUUUUUAAGUACAAGAGAAAAUUGGAUUUAUGGAUUUGGUAUUGAAAAUGUAAUGUAUCUGUCAACACUGUAUAUUUAUCAAAUCAUGACAAUUAAUUAUAUUUUAUAAUACUCUAUUCUUCAAUUGUUAUAGUAGUUAAGCUAUUUAUCCGUCCAAUAAUAUAGGCAUUAACUUAUAUUUAGAUUAAAUCAUGAAAGUUAAAGUUUCCGAGAUCUGAGUAUACAGACUUUAUUCAAAUACAAUAGUACUAAAAAGAAAAUGAAUUACUUGACAGCUUGGCCACACUGUUUAUUGUUAAUAUUGGUGUAAAGCUUAGAAAUUAUUACAAAAAUGUAGAUAAUAAUAAAUGGAGGCAAUAUACUCAUGUGUAAAUAGGGUUAAUGACAUAAUCACGAUUUGAUUGAAUGUAACGUAAUGUAAGAAGUCAUUUAGUGUAGAUCUGGCUUAUAAAUUGUCAUUUUAAUAACAACAAAAUGAUUAUAAUCACUUUAAUAAUAUUAACAUACAUAAUUAUUAUGUAUGUUUAAAGUGGACAGACACCACAAUCAUCACAAGUCUAGCAAAAGAAUGGAUCUGAUUUGUUUACAUUUUCAUUAUAAUUGAUACUUAUUUCACUCGUCGAGUACCGUCAUUAUAGAAACAAUUA